UCUCCACUUUGACUACAACAUGGCGGGGGUGGAGCCGGGCUCUCUGCGUGUCUACGUCAUGGACCUUCUGGCGAGCAGCUCCAUGCUCGUCUGGGCGAAAUAUGGCUACCAGGGACCGGACUGGAAACACGCAUAUGUCCCGAUAAGAGGGAAUGGUAAUUACAAAACACGUUUUGAAUAUGUCCGUGGCUAUGGCUUCGAUUCUGCCGUGGCCAUUGAUCAGAUAACACUGUCACCGGAAGAAUGCCCAGGUACCAGUGACCUGAUACAACUGCCCUCAACGACCUUAUCGCCACCGACCCCCAGUUCCGUGUGGGCCAACGUCCCUCCCAGCUUUUACGACUGUACUUUCGAGGGCGGGAGUACGUGCAAUUGGACACAGGACUCUGGGACAAGCAUGCAGUGGGCCGUGCACAAGGGAGAGGAUUUUCACCAGCAGGACCAUACGAAUAACUCGGUCUCAGGAUACAUUCUUGCCGCGGACGCUUCCACGUCUGGGACAGACAACUCCACAGCCCGCCUCCUGAGCCCAACGAUUCCUCCCGGUCCCCGGUGUGUGCUGCUGGCGUUCAGUAUGCGUUGGUUUGGCACCUACUCCCUCAACGUGUAUCGUAGGAUUGACGGGAAAGGGGAAGAGCUAUUGUGGAGUAGGCGGGGCCAACAGGGUGUCGGCUGGAAGGAGGCGGAGUUUCCUGUGUCAUCAGACCAGCCGUAUCAGGUGAGGGUGGGUGAGAACGUGGGGGGAGGACCCGGAGGUGAUUGCUGCCCCAGGGUCCGACCUGGCUCUCGGCGGCCCUGGUGCCACUGA